GAACUUCUCACGCGGUGUUUAGCACCAGACUGUCAGAUGGGUGGCUUGGGCUGUGACAACAUGACAGUUAUUAUUGUUUGUUUUCUUCAUGGAGGGACGUACGAAGAACUCUGCGAAAGAUGUUCAAGACCAAGUGACUCUAGUUCGUAUAAUGGCAAUUCACAACCACUUUAUUCUUGACAUCGAAUGCUCGUGUGGAACAAUUAACAUUGAUGGUACGAUUUCUUAAUAAACUACUUUUUCAUUGGCCAAUAUUUGAUAAUUGAGGGGAGGGGAGGGGGCUUAAAUAAUAAUAAUAAUAAUAAUAAUAAUAAUAAUAAUAAUACUAUAUAUAUAGCGCCAUUUCCAGCAAUGCCCACUGGCGCUUUACAAGGAAUGUUGAAAAUAUGACAAUUAAUUUCAUAAAUUACUUUAAAUAAUUAAUUUAAUAUAGCAAAACUGAUUGAUUGAAAAAAAGAACUCUCUCGAUUAAAACGACUAAAAUAUAAAACGACUAAUUCAAUAAAAACCUUUUCCUUAAAAGAGAGGGGGACUUAUUGACUUUCUUUCCCUAAAAGGUGGGGAUUGGGGGCUUAAUAGAAGAUAUACGGUAUGCACAAGAUUUUCAUCCAGGUGGUUUGUGUAAAUGGUUAGCACUCCUAAACUUGAAUCUUAAAAUUUAAAAGAAAGUAGAAGAAAGUUAAAAGUAAAGAGAGUUGGGAAGCCUUGAACCCGGUUUACUAAUCAUGGCUCUAUUUUCUUGCUUCUUUUCCUACGAAAUUGGCUUGAUCCUUCAAUCUUGUGUAAUGUGUAUAAAUUAUUUUUUACUUUUUCUUUACAGGGGAAUUUGUUCAAGAAAGGGUUAUUUCUCCAUCUUUUUGGACCAGUUUGAUGAAGUGCAUGUUAGUGAUUUUAAGUACGGAGAAAAUGAGUGACAAGGUUACAAAAGAAGAAAGAGAACGCAAGUUCUUCGAUUUUUUUAACUGCCACUUCAGGCCGCCGCACGGAUUCAUAAAUGAAAGUGACUCAGAACAUGGCUUUGCCUGAUGUCAAGGAAAAGUCCUUGCAACAGAAUUGCCCGUAACUGAAUUUUUUGCUUAUUCGUUUGUUUUGUUUUUUGAAUUUUAAGUUAUCCUGAGAAAUGUGGCCAAGGAAAAUUUUGGCACCUUGUAAUUAACUGACUUUUAAAACUGUGGAUUGUUGCAAUGCAAGACAGAAUAGAAAAUGUUGUUGGAAAGUACUGGAUUAGAGUUCUUGGCGUUAAUUACAGAUGCUCGGACAUUGCAUUCAUGGGUGUUUCUCAACUGUUCGAAGAGAGGAAGCGUGUCAGGAAAGGAUAUUUUCGCUUAAGAACGUCAUGGAUACCGCGAUCAAGUGGGACGAAGUCUCAUUUUGAAGUGCGAGUUAUUGUGUUGGGAAAGACAAUUUAUUUCCUUUUUCCCAAGACGUUCACCCCGAGUUGAGUGGUGGUUCGCCUUUGGAAAGCACAAAUUAUCAGAAAAAGAUAUGCAAGGACGUCGAGCAAGGACCUGUGCAAACAGGCAUGUUUUAAACUGUUUGAAUCCUCCUAAGGUUGUGACGCUCACUAAUGGGCGGCUAUUUUGGUUUCAUUUACCAAGAUGGCCGCCCCGAAAAUUGACGGGGUGGGGGGUGCUGUAUACAGACUACAGUCGACUCUCUCUUAAAGGGCACCUCUGUAAAAUGGACACCUGGAGUUGGUCCCUGCCUUUCUUUGCUCCCUCUAUUUGACUUUCUAUGAGACGGACAUCUCUCUAAGACGGGCAGGUAGUGUCGGUCCCAAAGGUGUCCGUGCUAGCGAGAGUUGACUGUAUUUAACAAUUAUUCCUCGACCCUGAAUGGGCUCUGAGUCAAUAGCCCAUGAGGGCGAGAGGAAUAAUUGUUUUAGUAAAAUCCAACUAGUUUGUCAAAAAUAUCGAGGCGAAACAACUUUAGCUGGCAAAAUGCGAUUCAGCCGCAAUUGUUUUUGUUUUCAAAGCCGGCGCUUUUCGCUACUAGUGGGCUAUAACAUAUAGCCUAAUAGUAGCUUAACCAAUCAGAACGCAGAACUGAUAAUAGACCACUAGUUGGAUUUUACUAAUAUGUUUCAGACGUACAGUGUUUGAGUGCAGGAGUUGUCAAAUUUUGUGCGAGGGUUUUGGUAUUGACUUGCUUUGCCACUAACUUUUAUUUCGGGCUUUUAGAAAUUCAGUCACUUACAACCUUUUGCAAAUUUAAUACUUUACCUUUUCUCUGUCAAGUAGUUUUCAGUAUUGUGAAAAAAGUACAAAACGUUGCCAAGAAAAACACCACCACAUGACAGUACUGCUUAUGAACUUUCAGUAAAACGUUCAUACUUUUGGAUUUUAUCCGCCAGCUCGGAAGUUAGAACCACCUUUUACAACAUGGCAAAAUUUACCGCAAGAUGCAGGGUCAAUAAGAGGUUUGAGUUAGCGUACGUGUCUUGAUGAACCACCCAACUUAGAAAAGAAGGUUUAUUCAGCUGGUCAUAAUUUCUUUUUCCGUCGACAAAUUCAAACUGUUAACUGUGUUUACGAUUUAGACUGCAUCACGAGCGGUACAACAGUAAAACUGACCCAAAGAUCUGUCGUUUGAAUUGUUACAAGGUUAAAUUUUUAGACACUAGAGAAGUGACAUCAGGUUUGUCAGAUUUUGUGAGUGAGUUAUUUGUGGGUCCUCAAAAUUAACGGGAAGAAAUGAGACAGUUGCUAAAGAAAAUAUAUUUCAAAGGUGGAGUAUGCCAGGUAAAAAAACUUUUACUUUGAAAUAGUAAAGAAAGGGGAUUUCCUUCAAGCAUACAACAGGCAAUGACUUCCAAAACAUGUUUCAAAUGUGUAGGUCAUUUUUGUCUCAGAGGUUAAAACUCCUAACUUGGCCCGUCAAUGAGUGCACAAAAUUGUAGAGUACAAUGCACUUUGCUGUCAUUCAAUGAUAAUUUGUAUUUUAAAAUUCCUUGUUGAAACGUUUCGCCCGCCCUUUUGAUGAGGGAAGACCCCGACAUGCGAUGUAUUAUUAUUUACAGCUCUUAAUUGGUCAUUUCCGAGUUGCGUCAAGCCUCUGUUUCAAGGCGAGACCAAGUGCGAAAUCACUGAUAUGAAAAUGCAGUGAAACCUGUAUAUAACGGUCACCCUUGGGAAAUGGCAAUGUGAAGAUUAUAUACAGGGUGACCGCUAAUAUACAGGUCAACUUUGCAGAAAAUAUGGGGCGAUUAAUUUUUGGAAACUUGUCCGGUGACCGUAAUAUACCGGGUGACCGCUAUAUACAGGGCCGUUGUUUGACUGUUUUUUCAUUGACUGUUUUUUACAAGCAAAUAAAACUCAUUUUGACAACAAAGGUUUUGCACUUGGCCUCGUUUUGAAAGGAAGAGUUUUUGAAGCUCGGAGAUCGCCUAUUUCCUUCGUUCUGUUGCGGUUUCGUUGGGUCGUAUGUCGGGGCCGGCGAUCGCCCUUAUCAUCCUCUCUGUAAGAUAUUUUCAUUUUCCUUCAUAGCUUUAGGCUUUAGGGGAGAACUCUGCCCCAAGGCCUCGCACUAUUUUUGAAAUUUUGACAUUUUCUCUUAGGGUGCUAGAAAGACUUGAAAAUUCUCCGUAAGCUACCUUCAAAGUUUUAUAGAAAGAAUGUGUACGGUGGGGAAAUGGUUUAGUUCGAGAUGCGAGUCCUGGAAUUUUCACACUUGCGCACUGAACGCAAAUCUUAGAAUUUGAUUCCCUUUAAGUCUAACCAAACCCUGCAUAUUACCAUAGACAAAUGCUAGAACUACCUUGCACGGCUUGAUCAAUUGAAAGCUAACAACUGCCGAAGAGGUUUUUUUUCAAUGGUUACAUCAGUCUCGCUUUUUCAUUCAAAUUUUCUAUAUUUGAUUCUGGAAAAGGAAUCAGCAUUGAUGUCUCUAUUUGUUCGAUUUUAAUUAUUUUUUGUAGCCAUUAAAUUCGAAUAACAUAUUCUUUUAAAAUGGUUUUUAAACGGGUGUUUAGAGGCAUUAGUUAGAGCGAUGUUCAUUUAGUUGUCAGGGUGUUCCAAACGGUUUUCG